GAGAGCAUCUCCAAUCCAACUUGCGAAAUCAUUCACACCAUUUAAAAAACAAAAAUCACACCUAUUGAAUGGAAAAAUGUAAAAUCAAUCACCUUAAUAAUUAUUAACCACAAGUAUAAUCCCUAUUAUAGCAAAACAGCACAUUCGUCUCCUUCUUCUUACCAGACACUAAAACAAGCAAAAGGAAUCGUUUUUUCUUUCUCUUGUAACUUUUAUGUUUCGUCAUUCUACAAUUUCUUCUUUAUAAAAAGUGACUCUUAAGAGUCCCAACAUUUUCAGUAAAAAUGGAAAACUCAGACACUGAUUCAGAAGUUUUCUUUUGGUUUCAGAACCAAAACCAAAACCAUAGCCAUAAGUUUCCUUCUUCUUGUUUUCCUCCGAGCUCUCACUCUGCUUUUUAUGGUAUAUCUCUGUUCCUCCAUUCUAAUUUUAUUUUAUUUUAUUUUCUUGAAAUGCAUCUUUUUCACCUUUGACGAAUCUUCAUCCCCAAAAUGUAACCACUCAGAUUAAAAGAUUGUCCUUUCAUUUUAAAAGAGUUUGAAAAGAAUAGCAAGAACUUUGAAGAACCUCAUGUGACGACAUAGAGACUGCAACUAUGGACGAAGAAGACGUAUGUGAGAGCUACAUGAUGCGUGAGAUAACCAAGAAACGGAAGCUAACACCGAUCCAAUUGCGUUUACUAGAGGAGAGUUUCGAAGAAGAGAAAAGACUCGAACCAGACAGGAAACUCUGGCUAGCCGAGAAGCUAGGGCUGCAGCCAAGCCAAGUCGCUGUCUGGUUCCAAAACAGAAGAGCUAGAUACAAGACCAAACAGCUCGAACACGACUGUGACUCUCUUAAAGCUAGCUAUGCUAAGCUCAAGACUGACUGGGACAUUCUCUUUGUACAAAACCAAACCCUCAAGAGCAAGGUCGAUCUUCUCAAAGAGAAGCUGAAAAUGCAAGAGAAUCUUGAAACUCAGUCUAUUGAGAGGAAAAGACUUGGGGAAGAAGGUAGUUCGGUGAAAAGCGAUAACACGCAGUACAGUGAAGAAGAAGGUUUGGAGAAUCAAUACAGUUUCCCGGAGCUUGCAGUUCUCGGAUUUUAUUAUGAUCCAACCUUAACUGCUUCAAAUCUAAGGUUGUGAUAGUGUAGGUCAACAACGUUCCGUGUGCCUCAAGUUAUCUUCGCUGUCUCCAUCCUUUUUAUCUUAGACUUCAUAUUCUAAGAAAGAAAGCAGUAAUAAUAUUCAUUGAUGGAAUAAAAAUGCAUUGUAAUUUAAGUCGUUAAGUUAUAUGAACUUUUUAUGAAAAUGGAAAAGGUCACAAGGCCAUAUUUUCAGUGACUAGAUAAAUGAAAAGUGCAUGCUUUUCAAAUGAUAUGGACGUUUUGGUAUUUACCUCAAUAAUUCGUAUGC